GUCCGACAUGGUUUUUGCUCUUAGCCUUAUAACUUACAUAUAAGCCAUGGCUUUCAUAAAAUGCAUGUUUCAAAAAGUAGAGCAAAUUCCAUGCCACUGAUUACUCUGAAAUUAUUUUAAUGCAAUGCUAAAUUAGUGCAUGUGUUAAGGUCUAACCAACUUAGGCUAGUUAAAAUAGUUUAAUAAUGUUCUUAGCAAUCCCUUGUACACAUUUGUAAAGCUAUGCUGAAAUUGACCAUCAGUUUUUGCAGAUAUUUCAACCUCACAUGUGAGUGUAUCAGUUAUAACAAAACAAAUGUGAAAAGUUUUAUGCAAUUAAGCCCAAGAAAAAUAUGUGGUCAAAAAUCACUUGUUAGUUCAUCAACAUAUACAGGAGAGCAGUUGCGGUUUCUUGCAUACAAUAAGAAAAGAUAUCGUUUCAAGAGACAGAUUCAAAAUUCUAAUGAGGCAAAGAAUUAUAAGCAAAUGAGUGAGUCAGUACAGCCUACUUUGAAUCAUGUCAGCUUUGGAGGGCAAUUUGAAGUUAGCUCUGCAGGUAAUGCUAAUCCCAGUCAGGAGUGGCGGAAGCAGCUCAGUGGUACUGAAACAGCAAGUAGAAAAGAAAGUAGAGAACCUUGUGCCAUACCACCAGAUUUUAGAAUAUGGGAACCAGUGUCCAAGAGAAGUGAUGAUGGCAAAGUUUUCAAGUUCAAAGUAGUGUCAUACAAUGUGUUAGCUCAAUAUUUACUGGAAUGUCAUCCGUAUCUAUACACAGAAUGUGCUCCAUACAAUUUGAAAUGGAAUGUGAGGGCUGCAAAACUGUAUGAUGAAAUAAUGAAACUAGCACCAGAUAUCUUUUGCCUUCAAGAAGUUCAAGCGUCACAUCUGCCGACGUUUUAUUCACAGUUUGAGCAAAUGGGCUAUGUGGGAAUAUUUAAACAGAAGACCGGGAACAGACAAGAUGGCUGUGCGAUAUAUUUCAAGCAAUCCUUGUUCGAACUGAAAGAGCAUAUAAGCGUGGAGUUCUACCAGCCAGAACUACCUCUACUAAAUCGGGAUAACAUUGGCAUAAUGGUUAAACUGAUGCCCAAGAACUAUCCAGGAACGGCAAUAGUGGUGGCGACGACGCACUUGCUCUAUAACCCAAAAAGAACUGACGUGCGACUCGCUCAGAUUCAAGUCUUCCUUGCCGAAAUUGACCGAUUUGCUUUCUACAAUAAUGGGAGAGAAUGCGGUCAUCUGCCCAUAAUAUUGACAGGGGAUUUCAAUUCAACGCCGGAAAGUGCGGUGAUCAAACUUUUAGAUCGAGGACAAGUAAGUGCCAGUCCAUUCCGGGACAUGUCCGACUGGAAAAAGAUAGGUGUUACAGACAACUGUCAGCAUUUAUCAGCAUAUGUCAACCAACAACACGGAAUGGAUACGGAAUUUAACAUGACUAAGAUAUAUAAUUCAGACUACCGCGACGGCAUACCAGAGGUGGGGGACGAGGAGCGAGCCCUGGUAAACAACUACAGUGAACUUUUUAACAGUGGAGUGCUCAGCCAUUCGCUGAAUCUCACCUCUACCUACACGAAGUACAAGGAAGACGGGAGUUACGAGGCUACCUCCUUCCAAGACUAUUGGGUCACCGUGGACUAUAUUUAUUUUAGUUUCUGCAGCGCAUUGAGGCUAAUAGAACGACUUCGUUUGCCGACGGCUACAGAGUGCGAUGUCCUAGGUCGGUUACCGAACGACGCCUACGGCUCCGACCACCUCGCUCUUGCAGCGACUUUCGAACUAACACUACGCAAGUCGUCGUUGUAAUUAAUUUAAUAGUGUAAUAAUUGCCCACGUGUCCAAGACACUUUUACAUUAAGCCACCGAAAGUAUAGAUGAUAAACAUGUAAAGUUAACGACUCGGACCGACACAAUUCCACUGUAAAUCAGACCCACAGUCGUCACACAAACUGCCAGUGUCUAAACAAUGCAAAACUUCAUAUAGCACACGAAAUUAACAAUUAUUACCUUAAUUUGUUUCGAAGGUCCAAGUGUGAACAUUUGUGAAUAGUAGGGUGUUUAUGUAAGAACGUAUAAGAAUUCUUGCUUCUCCUAUCUAUCAGAGAUCUAAACAGGCUGAUUUACCUAAACUUCGAGUGAUACACAUAGAGAGAAUAAUAUCUCCCUCAAGCAUUGCUAAGUGAAUAUAAAGGUCAAAAAUCAAAACGAAAUAGUAAUGCUUGUAGGUACUUACAAUUACAAAACCUUUCAUUCCAAAUGGGUUUCCAUUAUAAAGUAAUUGCUAAAAUAAAACAAAGUAUUUUGAUUGUCCGAUUUGUUAGGGGGAUACCCUCGGUAUGUGUUCCUCGAAGUUUUCGCCAUUAAAUAGUUACUUGCGAACCAGUUUAAUAGAGUAGUUUUUUACUGCACACUGCAACAAUGGUGUAAAAUACAGUAAUUUUUAGGUAUUAUAAAGUGAAUACACAUAUUUCAUACAUUUGUGUGGUCCUUCUAAUCCUUUCCGAUGAGUGUUCAUGCGUAUUCUUCAUAUCACAUGAAUACGCAUAUAAUGGUUAAAUUUCUUAGUAAAACCCAUGGUAAGGUUAAGUAAUGGAUGUUGUUAGCUUUCUUAUAGCAAAUUAGAAAACGGUUCGUAGCUGACAGUAGAUACCAAUUCUAUAUUAUAGUCUGUUUCAAUCUGUUAUGCACGAAAAGUGAACUAGUCAUUGACCCAACCAUAGACAGUUUAGCGUUGGCCAAUUGUACUGCUAACUACAAAUCAAUUAAUUGAUUGAAUGAAAUGAUUAGUUGGAAUAUAAUUUUUUUUGCAAUUCGCUGUUGAUUAAUAACAAAAAAUAUUUUUAAAAUGCCAAAAUAUGUGCGAAAAUAGUAUAAGUUUAAUUUAUUAAGUUGCUCUAGUAAUCGAUUGUUAGCGAUAAAGAGUUGGUCCAUAGACUUGCAAAUCGUGUGGUAGUUUGUGGCGCCGCUUGCGGCAAUUUGUGAUAAGGCGAUUAUCACACUGCACCGCGUCCCGUGACGAAACGCGGAGCUGCGUCUCUUAACGUUGUACUGAAGUACCUCAGUUUGUAUGAAAAACACGCGCCGUCGAACACACUGACAACUCUCGCGCCCCCGCGCGGAGGGGCGCGGCGCACCGCAAGGUAUGGCACACUGCGGUCCGCACUACCGCGCAGUUUUUAAGCUUAAGGACAUGUCCAGCUUUCUACAAUAGAUCUCGACGUCGGUCGAUAAAUUUGUAUUUGGUACUGAAAAUCGACCAAAUUUAUCUUCAUACUUUCUUAAAUCUUUGUAAUGAAGUUGAAAUUAUCCAUUUAUCGAGAAUCUGGUUCGUAAAGAAGGAUGUAUCCAAUAUCUUCGGUGUCUUUAUUUGAGUAAACAAAAACCAAAUUAACAGUAAAAGCGAGUACUUUAAGUGACGCGGGGCCGCUAGACCGCUGCCCCCGCGUAGAUUAAACCGCGCGUUGAUGCAGGUCUGCGUCUCCGCCACCGUGAUUUGACAGUAAUUGUUUCGGACGGAUGUCGGACGGAGAUCGAGAGCAGUCCCCCCGAUACCGCGUCACGCGCUCUGUCGCGGGGCGCGGUGCAGUGUGUUAAUCGCCUUAUCGUUUGAUUUGGCGAGGGAACAAAGAUGAGUGAUAGAUUCGUUAUUUGAAUGUUUCAACAUUUCUAUUGGAGUUUGGUUGUAAAAAGAGUGUUAAGGUUUUAUAUAAAUAUACUUCAACUACUAUUUUUACAUGGCCUAUAAAUUUAAAUUUUUUGAAAUCUUAAUUUUAAAUCCUCCUUCAUUCCCGAGACUUAGAAACUUGUUCGAUUGUGAUCGAUUUACUAAUUGAUUACUGAAACUCGAAUGAACCGAAUGAUAUUUUCGCGCAGCACUAUGCUAUCAUCGACUGUUCAUACUUGUACAUUUGAAAAAUAACUAAACGUAUUUGAAAAAUUGUGGUAGUAGAUAUUAAUCAAAUGAUUAUUAUUGAAAAAAGGGAUGAGAUAUAACUUAUUCCAUUUAUUUAGCGAUUGCUUUAGAAUUUUAACCAAACCGGUUGGUUUACUUUUCCUGCGUAAUGGAUUGAAACGAACUGUAUAAGCAUAUUUUAGUUCAUAAUAGUUUGCAAUUGGUGUAUUACUUAGUUAUUUUAAUUAUCUAACUGGUUAAUAGAUAAGGAUUUGUAUAUGUUGUGUACAUAUGUAUGUGGGUAAUUUAUGGGCCAAUGCUGCCAGCUCUGUCUACGACAUUGUUGUUGAACUUAACAAUAUUUAUUCUAAUUCUACUAGCGUCUAUGGUGAGAAAAAGCAAAACGUCCUUCACUAGUUGUACUCUUCAUAACAAUUCGUGAAAGGGAUUAUGCAACUAAUAUAAUCAAAAUAACAAGUUCAGUAUUUGGUCGCACCGGCUAAGAAACUUCUUAGUAAAAGACAUAUGCGAAUACAUUUAUUUUGAAGUCUUACUUUACUAAUAAUUUCAUCUUUUUAGCAUUGUUCCUUCCCCUAAAUCGCCACCAGUUCAUAUAGAUUUUUAGGCCCCCUAACGAGUCAAAAUGUUGUCUUUAUUAUUGUCAUAUCUAAUUUUAAUUGUUUCAUUAUGUAAUUAUUAAUUCCUAAUAGUCCUAAUUUGAGAUUGGAACUUUUGAUAUCACGUUGUGAUUGAUGGUCGAUUCCCCUUUAGAGAACCUUCUUUAGAUCUUAUUUUCUUCGUGCAACUUGUUCAUUCCGGGACGGUCGUCAAGUCCCUUUUUUAAGUUUCAACUUACCUUAUGAUAGUUCCGUGGCAAUGAAAGAGAUGGAGUUAAGUAAUACUUGUUCUACCCGGUAGUGUUACCACAAUCCGCUUGAGUUGAAAUAUACAAAAGAGAGUGACGGUGGGUGUAGGUUUCGGCAGACAGUAUCACAGUAUCCCCCUAGGUGGCGUUGUACUAAUCUUGGCCGAAAAUAACAACGGUAAUUACUAGGUCUCUAGUUGCUCUUCGCAUUGCCUUCAAAUUGAAUGAGAACAUUUCUCAUCGUGGUUACAGUUUUUGAACUAUUCAUUCAUAUUGUUGUAAAGUAAUUCUCUUAAUAAGAACGUCAGUGUUUUGAGUUAUUAUUUAAUUGUUUGCUGUGUAAAUAAUAUCGUUAUGAUAACUGAUGUCACUUGGUAUCAAAACUAUUAACAGGCAUUGAUUGGAAAUGUUUCAUGAAUAUAACUUAAGAAAUACAUGAAUGGU